AGGCGCAACAAUCAGCGUUCAUGGACAACAACCAGGAACUGGUGACUGAAGAGGCGGAGAGUGGUGCUGUGGAUGCCUCAUCCGGCCAACGAUCAGCCAUGCCCCCCCAGACAUGCAUACUCUGCCAGGAGACCUCUGGUGCAAUCACGAUUGGAGAAGAAAAGCAGGACGAGAAAGAGUACAAAGGGGCCAUGGGUCUGUGCGGCAAUAUCCGAUUGUCGGGAUUCAUUAACAAUCGCCUGGUUGCGGUCAAUAGCAAGGACACCAACACAAUGAAAGGCUACAUCGAGCGACAACGCGCCAGUGACGAUCCUGCUCUAGCCCAAUGGAAGACGGCCAUGAAAGCCCAAGAAGAGCUGUUCUCACCCAACGACCAGGGCGGUGAGGCAACCAAUGCGGACUCCAUAUUGCUGAGUGGUGGUGGUGUGAUCACUUCCUGUGGACACGCCAUGCACCAUGACUGUCACGGCCGCUACUUAGCGUCUCUCACCAACUCGAGGUCUCUCUAUGAGGCGCGCGUGUCUCCGCAUUUAGCCGACGCGAGCAAGGGCGAGUUUUUGUGCCCGUUGUGCAAGAAAGCGAACAACACCCUCCUGCCGUAUGUGUGGCAGCCGUAUGUGCAUGACAACGCAGACUCGGCCGCCGACACCAAAGUGUCCGCGGAUAUGAAACACAACAUCUACCUAGACAACGACGACGCCUUCAUGGACGAUGAAUUCAUCAAGCUCAUCCGGUCCCUCCAGGACCCUCUGAAACGAAACGAUCUCCUGGAAACCGAUUUUGCCGCAGAUAAAACCGUUGCUAUGGCAACGAGUGGCUCGGCAGCGGCUGGAGGGACUACGGCCGUCACGGACGCGUCGCCCCUCUCCAGGAAUAUAUCGAGUGCUGCCGGCAUCUUCGGCGGCCUAGGAAUCUGGGGUAUGAACGCACCAGAGCGAGACAACCGGUUUGUGGUGCGAAGGGAAGACCCAGCCACCGCAACCACAGCCGCUCAGCGGAACACGAGCUCUAGAGUAACACGUGUGGCAGCGACAGUCCGAGAACCCAACGCGUCUGAAAGGGAAGAGCACAACACCAGUUGGAAAGCCUUCGUCAACAUGUGGCUGCCCAAGCCCAACAUGUUCUACUCGUUUGGGGUGGCUUGUGACGGCAUCUCAAAGAGCCUGAAGCGCGAGAUCACCCAACGCUCCGUCAAUCGCGUCGUGCGCACAUUUGACUCCAUGGUGGAUGUGCUACAGUACACAAUCCGUACCACUGUGGCAUCGGCCGAGGCAUUGAGUGCUGCUGAGGGCACCGUUAACGAGGACUUUUUGAGUUCUUCGCUCACCUCACGUCAGGAGACGUGUCUGCGGGGGUUGUGCCAUGUGCUGAAUCUGCUGAGGCACAAACUACCCGUCGACACACUCUUCAGAGAUAUAGCCGUGCUCAACAUCGCCACGCUGGUUGCCAUGGGAACGGAGCCUUCCCCCGGGCGUGUGCACGGACAGCAGAUGCACGCACGGAGAUUGCUGCAUCUGGAUCCCUUCAGUGUAUUGACACAGACCUUGUACACUCUAAUACCCAAUCAAAUGAAGUCCAAGAAGUCGGCACAGCACCUACUAGAAGUUCUGUACCUAGCCACGUGCGUCCAGACUUGUGUGGCCAUACACUACACUUUCAACCAUGGCGGUCGCGCAGCGCGCGCACUGGAGCGUGCUAUGGAGACUGCUCACCUGGAGUGUGUAAGCGCAAGUGGAUCUGAUGAUGCUACAUCCAGUGAAUGCAUAGAGGGGCUGUAUCGUCUGGUAGACGAGAGCGUCCACCGCUGCUCGCCCCUGACCUCAACGAAGCCCUACACGCCAUCGGCCGUUGUCAUGGCAACCAACAUGCAGCACUUAGCAGCAUACGCACGCAAGGCGUCUCUGGGCUACCUGCAGUGCACAACCGUGCUGGUCCACGUGUUUAUCGACCCCACACGGGCGAGUCCUCCUUUAUUGUCCGCUAACACCAAAGGGCCGGCAUUGGACGCCGACGUAGACAUGGAUGGGGAUGCGAUGAGCGCGUCCACAGCCGUGCUGGAUGAGACCAGCACUGCGUGGGUGCGCGAGUGUGUGAGCAUAGAGGCCUAUCUGGGCAUCCGCGGGUUACGCAGGCGUGUGCAACGCGAACUGGCCACCCACACAUACGAAAGCACAGACAGCACACAGCGACACCACGAGAGCACCACCGGACUCGUGUACGCGCCCCUGGUCGACUGCUGGUGUGACUCUGUGUACAAGGACCGGCUGCUGUUGGCACCCAAAGCUCCCGACACAACCGUGGACGCUCAGUCCGUGCAAGGGCCAGGCGCUUCGCCAGAGAUGGUGUACAGGUUCAUAGACCAGUCUCCACCGGACAGGACCUAUACAGCACUCGCCAGCGGUCUGGGGUGUGCGACACAAGGCAGCGGUAGCAGACCUGCACUCGCUCACACGAUAGUCCCUCCCAGCACGGGCGAGGGUCGGGCUGCACCUGAGCCUGGUAGACUCACCGCAACACCCGCUCGCUCACAGCCCACCACAACAUCCACACCCACACCCUCGUCCUCGGCCACAGCUACCAGCACAGACGAACGGACCGGGUUCUGGGACCCCAAGCGCGCGCUACUGCCGGUGCGGGUGAAGCAGCUGAUCCCGUUGCCAGCCGACUUCAACGAUCUUUUCCACGACGCGACCAAUGUGAAGUGUGCCCAGUGCAACCAGACCCCUGUAGACCCCGCCUUAUGCCUCUCGUGUGGGGUCUAUGUGUGCGCCAAGAGUGCGUGCUGCACCGUGGGUGGUGUGGGAGAGUGCAACGCACACGCCAGGAGAUGUGGGGCGGGUGUGGGCGUGUUCUUUGUGCUGAAAAAGUGCAUGGUGUUGCUCCUAGCGUCGGGCCGGGGCUGUCCGUAUCCGUCGAUGUACCUGGACUCGCACGGAGAGAGGGAUUUCGGGCUGCGGCGUGGACAUCCCCUUCACCUCAACACGUUCUUAUACGCCGCCCUAGAACGGCUGUGGCUGAGUUUGAGUAUCAAAGACGAGAUCAUACGCCACAACGAUGCCACUGCAGCAUAUCAUCUGAGAAGCUGGCUCGACUAUUAGCUGAUUCAUAAAGGCGAAAUAAAUGGAUAUAAAUGACAAAGCUGAUGUGAACCGAUGAGCGUUUUCAUCUAUGGUGUUUACGAGGUGUCGGAGGUGUUG